AUGAAAGGCAAGGCGGGGCGAUCCAUUGCCGCGAUUGGCGACGUUCGAGCAGCAGUGCUGCGUUUCUGCGGUGAGCAGCUGUCGCGACGGCUGGACACGAAGCCCGUCGAAGAUGUGCAUCAGAAGGUCUCUGCAUGCGUGCAGCAAGUGGACCCGACGAUGACCCCCUACAUCUUUGGCUCCACCGUUGUCCUGGGCGUACACGAGCAGGGCUCUGAUGUGGACUUUGUCUGCUUGAGCCCGGCGGAUGUACAGGACGGCAAGGGCGCCGACGCUGUCUCGGAGGUGGCCAAAGGACUGCAGUCCGGCUUUCUCUUCCGGCUGAGCGAGGUAGUGAAACGGGAACACUACCUGUGGGAUAUCGAGCUUGUUCGCCGCACGCGUGUGCCGGUAUUGCGCGUGAAGGGCGGUCUCGGUGUGGAUGGCGUGAGCUUUGACGUGACGGCCAACCGCCGCAAUGGCGUGCGCAACAGUGCAUUGCUGCGGGCCUACUUCACCCAGUGUCCUGAGGCGCGCUGGUUGAGCAUGCUAGUGAAGCAGUGGAGUAAGAAGACAGGGCUGAACGCUUCCGUGGAUGGCGGCUGCAUCACCUCGUACGGCUGGAAUAUCAUGGUCGUCUACUACUUGUUGCGACGGAAGCUUGUGAAACUGGUGCCGGUGGAGUCGUGCGACGUGGCCAACAUCGCCCCGAUGCCACCCUACAUGCCGCUGGAGACCCCACAGCAGGACGGCCAGGCACUGGCGGUUAUGCUGAUGGACUUUGUGAGCUACUACCUUGACGAGUUUACCCCGGAGACCGAGGUGAUGAGCUUGACCCGGGCAGCCGGGGAGACGACGAAGGAGAUGCUCUCGUGGACGAAGCAGGCCGAGGACAUGGCUCGAAUCCGUGGGGAGAGGAUACACUACCGCUGGUGCAUUGAGGACCCGUACGAGUUCGACUUGAAUGUUGGUCGUAACGUGACUCCGUUUAAGCUCAUGCUUUUGCGGAAGCACCUCGAGCGUGCACAGGAGACGGCGCUGCUACUGUUGGCUACACAACCAGUAUCGGCGGAGGCAAGGUCGGCGAAGUGA